AUCCAAUCCUCAUCUGUUCCUCUCUAGAGGAAGGGAGAGAAAAAGAGUGUGUUUUUCACAGGCAAGUUGCCACCAGUCUCUUAGGGGAACGCAUGAAAGGUAGAGUUUGAGAGAACUCAGAGGACAGUCCAUUGGAUUGAGGUGUGCUGAAAAGUGGGGCUUCAGUUAAGAAGAGAAACACUAAUUCUUGGGGAAUAACGGAGAACUGGCACUUUGUGUUGAACAAAAGGUCACCUUGUAUCCAUUCAUUCCCAUCAGUAAUUACAGCCGUCAACUGCUGCCAUGGGUGAAAUGGAGAAGAUGAAAAAGGAGGCUGAAACCCUGAAGACACAGAUUGAGGCAGCACGCAAGGCAGCUCAUGACACAGACUUAUCUGCUGCUGCCUCUGGAGUGGCAGCUACGCCCACCAUACAGCUGAAGACCAGGAAGACACUGAAAGGCCACCUGGCCAAAAUCUAUGCCCUGCACUGGGCCACAGAUAGCAGGCUAAUGGUCAGUGCAUCACAGGAUGGAAAACUCCUUAUUUGGGAUACCCACUCAGGAAACAAGAUUAAUGCGGUUCCUCUGAAGUCCUCAUGGGUGAUGACCUGCGGAUAUUCCCCCUCUGGAAACUUCGUGGCCAGUGGUGGUCUCGACAACAUGUGCACCAUAUACAACUUGAAGACGCCUAUCGUUAAGAUUGUGAAAGAAUUAGACGCACACACGGGUUACCUCUCCUGUGCUCGCUUUCUAAAUGACAAUGAAAUCCUCACUUCCUCCGGUGACACCACCUGUGCUCUGUGGGAUAUAGAGUCUGGCAAGCAGAAGACCAUCUUUCUUAACCAUGUGGGUGACUGUAUGUGUCUGGCUCUAUCCCCUGAUAUGAACAUGUUCAUUUCUGGAGCCUGUGACUCGUUGGCCAAACUGUGGGACAUCAGGGACGGCAAAUGCAAACAGACAUUCCAGGGACACACCAGCGAUGUCAAUGCCAUUGCAUUCUUGAAUAAUGGAAACGCUUUUGUGACUGGCUCAGACGACUGUACCCUCAAGAUGUUUGACAUCCGCUCUGAUCAGGAAGUGAUGUGCUACGAGGAUGGCCAAAUGAACAGUGCUGUGACGUCACUGGCCCUGUCUAUUUCAGGCCGCCUCAUAUUUGCUGGAUAUGACAACUUUAACUGCAACAUCUGGGACUCGCUGAAGGGCGAGAAAGUUGGAGUGCUGUCUGGACAUGACAACAGAGUGAGUUGCACCGGAGUACCAUUGGAUGGCAUUUGUGUGUGCACUGGCUCAUGGGACAGCUUUCUAAAAGUCUGGAACUGAUCUGGUCGAACCACCCCAAAACGGGGAGGAGGAGGGGAAGCAAAUGAAAGAAACAGAAAGGAUAGAGUUGGAGGGGAGAAGUAGAGAGACUAAGAAAGAAGAAAGCCAUGAAAAAGAUCAUGGCACCUGUCAGACAUUAAUGUCACAAAACCCUUUCUCUCCCUGUCUCUCUUUUUCUCCUACAUAUGAAUACUGGGAAAUUAAUGGAGUAAUAGAAAUGUCCUCUCAAACACCAUAAGAUGUAGCAUAUUAACACGAGAAGUGAAAUGUAUUAUCACCUCAUGACCAAGAUCAAAAAUAGCAUAGGCUUAAGCUCAUGUGGGAAAAUGAUAAAUGUUAAAUAUAUUCAUUAAUAUUUUAUUGUACUUGGUAAAACUGAUAGGGUUUUGAAAACAAAUCAUGACUAGGGACAGGAACAGAAUAAUAGAGUAACUGUCAAAUUACAGAAACUUAUAGACUUUAUUACAGACUUCGGUUAGAUGGAAGUAUUUAUGUAUAUAAUAAAUUACAAGAAAACUGCAGAGUUAAUAUACACUGACUUUUAUCACACACAGACAAUGUGCAUGUCUGUCUAAAGCAUGGAUAUGUCUACGAUUUUGAAAUGCAGCUUGUGUGGGCCUUUUGUCUUCACUCAGGUGAACCCAAGGUGUGACACCUAAUAAAACAUUACUCAGUCAAUUACUUUCUUUCAUGUACUUUAACCUCCAGAUCAUGUUUGUUUAUGACUAAAUGCUUCUGCUGCAUAGUCACCUUCAUCCAAUUUCACACCUACAUAGUUAUGUAUUUCUCUUACGUUGCCACAGAGUCUCUUAAAAAAUAAUUGAAAUGGCUGUUGAAAACCUUUCUAAUAAACUUAGAA